AGAGCUGGUUCGGCAGUGCGGUCGCGGCUUUCUGCACUCCCGGCGGCGGAAUGGCCCGUGCGCUGCUCGUCGCGUCUCCGGCCUGCGACCCUUAGACGCCCAAGCCCGCUCUCCGCGCCAAUCCUCCCGCGCGGACGCUGCCAGCGAGCCGGCGGUGCGGCGACGACUCGGCUCCUGUGGUCGCUUCUCUCAGGCUGCUCGAUCAGGAUUUUUAGACUCUGAGGAACAAUUGGAGCUAAUCCACACCAUGGAAAUGGAAACCACUGAACCUGAGCCAGACUGUGUAGUGCAGCCUCCCUCUCCUUCUGAUGAUUUUUCAUGCCAAAUGAGACUGUCUGAGAAGAUCACUCCAUUGAAGACUUGUUUUAAGAAAAAGGAGCAAAAGAGAUUGGGAACUGGAACCCUGAGGUCUUUGAGGCCCAUUUUAAAUACUUUGCUAGAAUCUGGCUCACUUGAUGGUGUUUUCAGAUCUAGAAACCAGAGUGCAGAUGAGAGCAGCUUACAUGAACCUAUUGUGAAAAAACCCCUGGAAAUCAGUCCAUCAUGUCCACCAGCAGAAAAUAGUAUGUCUGUUCUGAUUCCUGAUGGAACAAGUGUUGGGGGCCAAAUACCAGAAGCCCAUCCUUCCACUGAUACUCCAGAACAAGUGGUUCCAAUCCAGGAUCACAGCUUUCCACCUGAAACUCUUAGUGGGACGGUGGCAGAUUCUACAGCAGGGCACUUCCAGACUGACCUUUUGCAUUCAGUUUCAAGUGAUGUUCCUGCUAGUCCUGACUGCAUAGACAAAGUUAUGGAUUACAUUCCAGGAGUUUUCCAAGACAACAGUUUUACAAUCCAAUACAUUUUGGACACCAGUGAUAAGUUGAGUACUGAGCUCUUUCAGGACAAAAGUGAAGAGGCUUCCCUUGACCUUGUGUUUGAGCUGGUAAACCAGCUACAGUACCAUACUCACCAGGAGAACGGAAUUGAAAUUUGCAUGGACUUUUUGCAAGGCACUUGUAUUUAUGGCAGGGAUUGUUUGAAGCACCACACGGUGUUGCCAUAUCAUUGGCAGAUCAAGAGGACAACUACUCAAAAAUGGCAGAGUGUAUCCACUGAUUCCCAGGAGCACUUGGAAAGAUUUUACUGUAACCCAGAGAAUGACAGAAUGAGAAUGAAGUAUGGAGGACAAGAAUUUUGGGCAGAUUUGAAUGCCAUGAAUGUGUAUGAAACAACUGAAUUUGACCAACUACGAAGGCUGUCCACACCACCCUCUAGCAAUGUAAACUCUAUUUACCACACAGUCUGGAAGUUCUUCUGUAGGGACCACUUUGGAUGGAGAGAGUAUCCUGAGUCUGUUAUUCGAUUGAUUGAAGAAGCCAACUCUCGAGGUCUGAAAGAGGUCCGAUUUAUGAUGUGGAACAACCACUAUAUUCUUCACAACUCAUUCUUCAGGAGAGAAAUAAAAAGGAGACCCCUCUUCCGCUCCUGUUUUACACUGCUUCCGUAUUUACAGACACUUGGUGGUGUUCCCACACAGGCUCCUCCACCUCUUGAAGCAACUUCAUCAUCACAGAUCAUCUGCCCUGAUGGGGUCACCUCAGCAAACUUUUACCCUGAAACUUGGAUUUAUAUGCAUCCAUCUCAGGACUUCAUCCAAGUGCCUGUUUCUGUAGAGGACAAAAGUUAUCGAAUCAUCUAUAAUCUUUUUCAUAAGACUGUGCCUGAGUUUAAAUAUAGAAUUUUGCAAAUACUGAGAGUCCAAAACCAGUUUCUUUGGGAGAAAUAUAAAAGGAAAAAGGAAUAUAUGAACAGGAAAAUGUUUGGCCGUGACAGGAUAAUCAAUGAAAGACAUUUAUUUCAUGGAACAUCCCAGGAUGUGGUAGAUGGAAUCUGCAAGCACAACUUUGACCCUCGAGUCUGUGGAAAGCAUGCUACAAUGUUUGGACAAGGCAGUUAUUUUGCAAAGAAGGCAAGCUAUUCUCAUAACUUUUCUAAGAAGUCCUCCAAAGGAGUCCAUUUCAUGUUUCUGGCCAAAGUGCUAACUGGCAGAUACACGAUGGGCAGUCAUGGCAUGAGAAGACCACCUCCUGUCAAUCCGGGCAGUGUUACCAGUGACCUGUAUGACUCUUGUGUGGAUAAUUUCUUUGAGCCUCAGAUUUUUGUCAUUUUUAAUGAUGAUCAGAGUUACCCUUAUUUUGUUAUCCAAUAUGAAGAAGUCAGUAACACUGUUUCUAUUUGAAAAAUCUUGGUACUGCUAAAUUAUUUGAUAUGAACUCAAUCCAGCAUUUGUAGCAGGUUUUGGAUGGGUGGGACAGAGUGGGGAACCGCAUUGGACAUUAAUAGGGCACUUUUAAGACCCAUUUUUUAAGUGCUAGAAAGUGAAAAUUUUUUAAAGAAAAACACGAGUUUUAAAAUGACCACUUAUUCUUUAAUUAUUUACUAAUUGUUGUUAGUGUACUCAGUGUGGAAAAGACUACAGAUUGCAUACUCUUUUUAUUCACACUUGUACAUAUAGGCAGCAAUGGUAUUAGAAGCAUUUUUAAAAAGAAACUGAACAGCCUAACCAAUUAAAUGUGACUUCAGCCUGGUAGAAGUUUGGCCAAAUGAAAUGGAGGCUGUGAGCAAAGUGAGGAUUCUGUUAUUUAUAAUGAUAAAACGACUGGAGCUAAUACUACCAUACUUAUUCCCUGUCCAAAGCAUCACUUACAGUGUAGGAUAAGUUCAUGAAAUUCUAGUGGGUGGAAAGAAGUUUUUAUUCCUAUCAGCAGAACUGAAAUAUAUCACCCAAGCAGAGAGCAUUGGUGACUUUAACUGUUCUGCAGAAUUUGCCUGAGGAUUCAGAGGAA